AAAUAGCAGAAUCGGGGCCCAGAAUAAGUCCAACGAUAGAGUGUGAAAGAGUAUAAAAUAUCCACAAAAGCAAAUUUCCACGUUUAUUAUAUUAUUAGGGAUUUAUUUCAAAGGCCAAAGACAAUCACAUAGAUUGAAUUACUGUUCUUCAGGUCAUCGUAAAUGUGGGCUCUAGAGUUAUUGAUUUCACACAAAUUAUUUAAAACAAUAAACAACAUUUUCUAAAAGACUCCUUUCCAUUCCUUCGAUCCAUUCCUUCUGUAACUACCAGCGCGAAUAAUAGACAGAUAUUUCAUUUACAACGCAGAUCAUUGUCACAAAAGAGAGACAAUUAUGUUGUGUUUACGUUUGCCUUCCUUGUCACUCUCAGGGCAAUAGUCGUAGUACGUACCAACACGGAUCAAGUUUAGAUGGGGCGAUACCGACGGCUCAUAAACCAUACCACCACUCGAAAUAUAGCUUUAUUCUCUACCAAUAAAGUUUUAAAUCAAAUCUCACAUUGAAACAUUGUUUCAUUUCGUGUGCCAAACUGAUACCGGCGGAGACAGCUGUGUGCAGUGAUAGACACAACACGUUUUUACUUUUUUUGUACCUAAGUGAUGGAGAUUUUGCAGGAAUUACCUGUAGACAAGUGGCCAGAAUUACGAGAGAAAUUAAAAAAACUAUGGCCGCUUAACUUACCUGGUUAUUACACUUUAUAUAUUAAUUUAAAGUAUCCGAAAUUGAGAGAAGCUUUUCAUUUCAAAGUGUAUUGCCCGGAUGGGGAUGUGGAGAAUGGAUUUCUGGGCUUUUUUGAUAUUAAUACACAAAAAAGCGUCGUGCUAUUCUCUGUCAAAGAAGACACGAGUAAAAUAGAAGAAGCUUUAUUAAAAACUAAAGUAUUGGAUCGUAGCAAGAAGGUCUGUUACGAUAUAGUCACCUCCCUGACAGCGAAAAUCUUCACGCGACUAAAAGGGACGAAUGGCUUCGAAAUAUGCGAGAUUUAUCCAGCUGAUAUGCACUAUUUGGUUGGCACCACUGGACCUUUCAAGGAUUUGAGAGCCCCUGACAACACAUAUCUAUCACGAGUAAAAGAAGAACACAUUCAGAGAGUUGACGAAACCUGGCCUUAUCAGCACUCAUCAUCACACUUCUACUUCUCAACUCUCGCCGCUAUCGGCUUGUCAUACGGUCUAUAUUCGUCUGACACGCACGAACUUAUAUCAUGGAUAUUUAUUAACGAAAACUGCUUCUUAUGUCAUUUCUAUUGUGAAGAAAAAUUCAGAAAACGUGGGUAUGGAGAGUUCGUCUUGAAAUCUGCGGCCAAUGACCUUUUGAAAGAUGGAAACGACGUAUAUUGCUAUACAGUGCCUGGCAACGAAAAACCACAGACGAUAUUAAAAAAACUUGGUUUCGUUCGGAUUGAUGAUUCAGCUUUUGUAAUGGUUGACAAUCCUGGAAAAAAUAAUUAGAACAAUUUAAUUGGUUAUGUUACAGCUAGAUACAAGGACGACGCUUUUGCUAAGUCAGACCUGAGCUGGGUCUCGACUUCGACCCCAAGACAUGUUUAUUUUUUUUAAAUCGCGACUUCCUUAUUUUAUAAGGCACAUGAAAAUGUGGGUCCUGCGCCGGAUCUAUCUGUCGCCGAAUGUGAUAAAUGUAUUGUGACAAAUGAUUUAACUUAUUUAAAAUAUAAAUUAUUUAAAUAAAUAUACAGCUCGAUAUAACGAAA